AUGGAAAGGAAGAAAUUGGACCUGUGGAAAGAAUGGGUCGCACAGCAACAUCGGCAAAUGCGUAUGUAUGGUGAGGCGCAGUGGUUUCAACAUUUGUUGAAUACUGUACAGCAGGAGACAGUAUCGCAAACACGCGAAAUACCUGGAGUUGAAACACACGUAGAAGUGGAAAAAGUACUGGGCACAGAAGAUAUACUGAGAGUGCGAGAUGUACCACGGACGCAACUGCAUCCGCAACCUUACAUGAAAACAGUGUUAACCGCUAAAACAUGGAUACUGAUCCUGGCAUUAGUCAUAGAACAGUGCGAGCUGGAACGCAGUUUGCAGGAGAAGGAGUUAUAUUUGGAUGAACUAUUGGACAAGCUCUGCAAUUAG